AUGCAACGUCCACCGCCAAUCCCUAUAUUAAAUCGUCAUUCAAUGGAAUAUAGAUCAGGAGGAAAUUUAUUAAAUUCUAUUACACCAUGUAAAGAAUAUUAUACACAUGAUUCAUAUGGAAAAUCUAAAUACUGUAUUGAAGUUGAUUUACAAGGUUAUCCAGCAGAAAGUAUACGAAUUACAAGACAAUUACAAGAUGUUACAAUAAGUUUAAAUCAUGAAGAGAUUAAACCAACUGGUGAAAAAUAUAAACAAGAAUUUAGACGUGAAAUUCAAUUACCACAAUCUGUUGAUUUGAAUACAUUAAAAAGUACUAUUUUAAAUAAAAAUACAUUAUUAUUAUAUGCUGAUGUAAAUAAACGUGAACAGCCAAUUUUAAAAAGUUCACAAAUGAGUCCUAAUUUAAAACGUCAUAUUAAUUGGGGAUUAUCAUGUUCACCACCAUUACGUAAUUCAAUAUUAGAUUCACCUAGAUUACGUACAUCAUUUUCUAGUGAAAUACGACAUCGUAAUUCAUCAUUUACAAAUUUAUCAAAUGAUUUUAAUAAAUCAUUUCAUAUUAAAAAACAGAAUUUAUCAAAUUAUCAAAAUAUACAACGACUACCAAAUCAUCAGUAUAGAAGUCAUUCUUUUACAAAAUCGGAACCAAUUAAUAUACCUGUACGUGUUGAAACGAAUCAAAAUCAUAAUCAAUUCACUCCUAUGAAUAACGUACAAAAUAUUCGUGUAGAAAUAACAAAAAAUCAACCAAUUCAUUUGAAACAAUCUUCUAAACAAUCAACUUUAAAUCAUAAUCAAUCUCAAUCACAAGUUCCACAGAAUAAUCAUACUAAUACUACUACUACUACUACCACUAAUAGUAAUCAUAAUAAUUAUUAUUAUCAAAAUGAACAUAAAUUGCUGAAUAAUAAUAGUACAUUAAAAUCUCAACGUCCAUUACAUAUACUACCAGUUACAAAUAAUAUCGAUGAAAAUGAUCCUAUAAACAAUAUAUCAAUACAAAAUCAUUAUAAUAAUGCCAUGAAUCGUUUAAUUAAUCAUACAACAGCAACAACAACAACAAACGAAUACUACUAA